AUGCGUUUCUCUACCAUCUCCGCUCUCAUCGUCUUAGCCCUUGCCUAUGGCGCCGUUCAGGCCGCUCCGUCCGCAGAGUGCCGUAGUGAGUCGUCGAUAGAGCCCGCAGUUAGCAAGGCCCCGAAGCCCAACAUCUCCUACCAUGACUACGACGCGAUCAUCCGAGUCUGUAGCGCAGAGAACUGCGGGGGCACCUACGAUCCUAUCGCCCUGAGCGGGCUCCACAACACCUGCUACUAUCCAGCCAUCAACUUCGAGUCCAUCAUUGCUUAA